AUGGCGUUUUUGAGAACGGUGCCGCGUUGCAGUGCCGGUAAAAAGCUGAGGAAGUGUUUACCACUUCCUGUCGGCCUCCUGGAGAACGUAACGAAGCCAUCGGUGCAGUUAGUGCAGGUGUACGAUCGCGAAUACACCGGCACUACCGCUGACGUGAAGCCGGCUCCUCCGCGACAGAUCGAUCCUCUGGAUUUGAAGUUUAACGAUCCCGUCGCCUCUUUUAAGAGUAAAACCACGAAAGAAUUGCUUCGUGCCUACAUCGUUUAUCAACUAUGUACCAUCGAGUACAUCGCCGAGAACAAUAUGAAGUUAAUGAAAUUAUCCAAGCAACUACUUGGCGAGAAACUUUUCACGAAGCUUAUGAAGGCUACAUUUUACGGUCACUUUGUCGCCGGCGAAGACGAGGUGCAGAUCACUCCUGUCCUGGAUAGGUUGCGGCAAUUUGGUGUAAAACCCAUUCUUGAUUAUUCCGUUGAAGAGGAUAUUUCUCAAGAGGAAGCAGAACGACGUGAAUUACAGAGUUCCGUGUCGGAAGCUGGAGACGAGAAAACGGAGGGUCCCUUGAAGAAGUACCAUGUGGCAAAACCAUUCGCGGAUCGUCGAUACAAAGUAUCCUCGGCGAGAACGUACUUUUACCUUAACGAAGCUAGUUGCGAACGAAACAUGGAUAUAUUUAUCAAAUGCCUCGAGUCUGUAGCCGCUGCUUCGAUGGGUGUUGGCUUCACCGCUAUUAAAUUAACUGCUCUUGGCCGUCCACAACUUUUGCUCCAAUUGUCGGAAGUAAUUAUGCGUGCACGACAAUACAUGUCGGAUGUAGUUGGUGGUGAAGGCGCUGUUUUAACUCAUCAUGCUACGGCUGAUGAUUUCAUGAAAAAGUUCGAAGAGGCUCACAUCAAAGACGAAGCGCCAGUACAAAAGUUUCUGGAAAAAAUUCAAUCAGACAAAGAAGGUGUUAUCCACUUGUUCCCAUGGAGUGGCAUUCUGGAUGAGAACUACGAGCUGAGCGAAACGUUCCAAGUUCCAGACAUUAAAACGGGAAAGAUGGUGAGGCUUAUGUCGCAGCUCACGUCCAAGGAAGAAGAAAUGUUCAGAAACAUGAUAAGACGUCUGAAUAACAUUGUCUCGGUGGCCGAUAAAUUAGACGUACGUAUAAUGAUAGACGCCGAACAAACGUAUUUCCAACCUGCGAUAUCGCGGUUAACGUUGGAGAUGAUGCGCAAGUACAAUACACAUAAGGCCGUGGUGUUCAACACAUACCAGACAUACUUGCAAGAAGCUUAUAAUGAAGUGAAGACGGAUCUGGAACAAGCUGAACGUCAGAAUUUCUACUUCGGUGCUAAACUCGUUCGUGGCGCUUACAUUGAACAGGAAAGGGCCAGAGCAGCAGCAAUGGGUUACCCUGAUCCAACGAAUCCUUCAUUCGAAGCUACAACCGAGUCUUAUCAUAGGACUCUAAUGGAGUGCUUAAGGCGAAUGAAACAGUACAAAGACAAAGGAGAGGAUCCAAAGAAAAUUGGUAUUAUGGUUGCAUCUCACAAUGAGGAUACAGUACGUUUCGCAAUAGAAAAAAUGAAGGAGAUAGGAAUCUCACCAGAGGAUAAGGUGAUUUGUUUCGGCCAAUUGUUCGGAAUGUGCGACUACAUAACAUUCCCACUCGGUCAGUCUGGAUACUCAGCAUACAAAUAUAUCCCUUACGGUCCAGUGAAGGAAGUAUUACCAUAUUUGUCUCGGCGUGCACAAGAGAACCGAGGCAUACUUAAGAAAAUCAAGAAAGAGAAACGCCUGCUGUUGUCCGAAAUUAUGAGGCGUCUCGUGACUGGGAAGAUAUUUUACAAACCGAAGGGAAAUUAUACUCCCGUCUGAGCAGCUGGUCGUUUUAUUUGCACAGACAGAUUUUAAAUAUCAAAUUUAAGUAGUGAUUGUAAAUUAUUCAAAAGAAAAAAAAAGACUUUUGUGGUAUGCAGAACAAACGCACGCGCGUGAGAGUGACUGGAAGAAAUAUGCAGUGUUAUUCAUUAUACAAAAUUGCCUUAGUGUGAGUACUAUCAAGUGCAAAACUGCUCAAUAUCGCACCAUAUGGUAGAACUAUGUUCAUUGCUCGUUAUGUUUAUAUUAAUUGAAUGAAGAAGGCUCUUCUCAACGACGCGUUAUUACUUUUAUAAAUAGGGAGCACAUUUUACGCUUUAUUAAUAAAUAUCAUGUUCAAUAUCACAUAAUCGUGUGUAUGUUAUAUUGAAUAUGUACAUUUUUAAUAAUGAUUUUUUUAUAAAAAAAGCAAAACACAAAUUGAGAAAGAUACUUAAGAUAUUAGUAUCGAACAAUCUCAUUUGUAAAGACCUUUAAUAUUUGCUUUUUUUAUAAGUUUCUACAGAGUAGUUUUUAAAGCUCAAUCGAUAAAUUGCAAACCGAAACAAGAUAUGUCCUUUUUGCCUGAAACAUAUUAUAGUCCUGUAUUUUAUAUUUUAUUUAAGAAUCUCGUAGUGCGUGUGUGCACGAUUAUUUAUAGCGAAUGUGUUUGAAUAUAUGUUGACAUACUUUAUUAUUCAUUUGAUGUUACAUAUAUACAUAUAUAUGUACGAUUCUCCAUAUGAAAGUAUAGAACAAUCAUCAAAUGAAAGUAAUAUAGCAUGUGCUGUAUUUAAUUAAGUUAAAAUACUCGCGUGGGAUAAACAUUCGCUACUAUAUAGUUCCAUAAUAUUUUAUGCGUAGUUACCAGGAACCAGGAUAUUACCAAAGUUGCUAGUAUUGGCAAAUUACGAAUCAUAAAUGUUUUCUAUUUGAUCACAAAGUGUUUGUAUAUUAUUUAGAAAAAAAUAGCUCCCGUAAUUUGUUAAUAAGUAAAUAUUUGGAAAUAUUUGGCGAAAUUUUGUUAAUUUUCUGGUACGAAUGAACAAUGAUGUAAGAGCCAUUUUAUUUGUGCAAUUACUACGCAUGUUGAAAGAAAGUUAAGUGAUAUUGGGCCGAAAUAGCGAUGAACUGCGGAACUUGGAAUUGAAGCAAAAUAUAUAAAUAAUUAAUGACGUUGUAUAAGUUUUUAAUUCGUUAUGGUUCAGCCUAAUAUUACUUUUCUCAGCAGACGAGAUAAUAAUAUUCAUGAACAUUGAUAUAGCUUAUACACAAUUCUUAAUCAACUUUCUUUUUAAGAAAACUAAAUACCAAGAAAGCUUUAUAAUUUAUAAACAAUAAAUUUUUGUCGAGUUUCAAUUCAUUGUUUUACAUGUCAAAUGACGAAUCCUGUGCUUUCGCUCAGUUCGAAUUUAUUUAUAAAAAAGAACGUAUAAUAGCGUUCGCACAAAUUGAGUAGUAAAUUUUUUUGUUCCAUAAAAUUUCAACGUUCGAACGAAACAUAAUUGUCGCUAGCAAUGAAAAUAAUUCGACAUGUGGUGGAUAAUUUUCCACGCAGUUGAAUAACACUUCAAUAUUUCCUCAUCAGUAUUUUUUUGUAGAGAUCAAAAUAGUAUGUUUUUGCCCUGUAGCAUCUCCUUUUUGCUAAACUUUACGUCUGUUUUCAACAGAUCCCAUCUCUCAUUUUUAUGAUAUAUACGAACGUACAAUUUUUCAUGAUCUCUUGUGUUCAUUACGCUUGUGUCGUAAUUGCGUUCGAAACUGUGUAUAUGUAGUCUGUAUUUUCCAAACAUUUAAGAGAAGUAUUAUGUUUUGUAGGACAGUUAUUUCUUUAAGGUGUGGCAGUUCUUUUAAUUGAGAUUAAGCAAAAAGUCUCGAAGAAACCAUGUUAUAUUUACACACCUAAGAGGAAGAAAUUGAAUCGAUGAAUAAAGGGGCAUUGUUAAAGUUAUACAUGCUAUAGCUAAAUGUUUUUAUGUGGCUAAUGGUAUGUUGGAUGCGAGUGACUUAGGUAUAAUUCUAUUUGUUAUAUUUUAGUGUUCGACUGUCACGUCGAUACAUUAAUUAAUUUCUAUAUGUCUCGUGAUGAUGACAAUAAUUUAGAUAGUUAAUGUUAUUAAAGAAACUUGUAUGCUAUAAGUAUAAAGCUAUAAUGCCACGAUGGGUCGCAUUUGUCAUCACCAUUGAAGUAGAAUUUAUACGGGGCAAUGACACGAGACUAAUAAAAGGGAUGAAUAGUGAAGAAAGUGAAGAUAUAGUUAUUAUCCUCGUGUGUGAUACAUAUUACACGAGUCAAUACAUAAUUAUACGAAGUAACGUUCAUUACCAAGGAUAUGCAUUCUACUGCCAGAACGAACUUAUAAAAAAUACUUUCUCUUGGCUGAAUAUUAUGAAAAAUACCUACCUGUGUGUGUGAAUAAUAUAUUUAUGAUGAAAGUAAUACAAUAUAGUGUUUACUAUGUCGUUUUUAACAGUCAAUGUUGUUAGCAUCUAUUUAUGUGUAGCUCACAUAAAUGUAAUCUAAAAAGCAGAAAUAAUAUUCUCUCUAAUAAUGUUCUUAUGCAAUUUACCUUCAUUCGGAGAGAGACUUUAUUACAUACAUAUACGUAUGUGUAUAUAAAUCGAAAUUUUGUUUUGGGAUUAUAAGCCUGUCAAAGAAGAAGAUUGAUUAAAACAUCGAUCGAUAUAAAAUAAGAUAAUAUUUAUUAUUUCA